AGUCGAUGCUGGAAACUCGCGUCGCGCGCGUCGCUUUUCUCCCGCGUUACCCUUAGCCAACAAUAGCCACACGCACAGACACACACACACACACGCUUAGCGGACAGAACUCGCAAGCUUCGGUCAUGUCGCGACGACAGUGAGACGCAUUGCGUAUACAAUACAACACAAGGAAGACAACAUCUUUCGCUGAAAGCAUGAGAACUGGCUCAGCGAGGGAGACGCAGCUCGCGGCCGUCUCGGUCGGGGGCUGAGAGCAGUGCGCUCCGUGCCGAGAUUGUCGGAUUAAACCGAGUGCUCGCGCUUGUGCGUACCUGGACGAUUCAUCGGAGCUUGCAGCAGCUGACUCGUCAGCGCGAUUCUAUCACACAGCGCUAGCUGGCGGUCGGAAGAGGCAAAAUGAGGUCGAACGCUGCUGCUGUUCCUCGUCGCGACCUCGUCGUCCUGCUGUUCUGCGUCGUCUUUGCCCUGCUCGAUGAUGGCAGAGCGCAGACGGAGCCGUCGACGCAGUCGUCGGUGAACAGAGGUGCGGCCCGGCAAAUGUACGGUAGCGGCAGUCUCCGACAGAUGGGCAGUGUUCCGAUACUCGCUAGUACCACCGAGAUGUCAUGGCACGGUAAGGAGAAGGAGGAACCGAAAAACGCACUUGGACGCAACGACGACUACACCAAGGGACACGAUCAUCCCACCGACGGCCAUCACGGCGAGCAUCCAUACGAGUCGGGUGGCUUCGGCUACGGCGGCUACAACGGCCGUCAGAAGACGCACCAGUUGCCACCGGACUUUUACGGACCAGGUCGACUGCCCGACGGUACAGGCGACGAGUCGAGCGACGUGCCGAGUUACAGGAACGGCGCACGACCUCAGCCCGGAGGCACUUACGGUCAAGGAAGGCAUGGCAACAAUGGAAGAGGAGCCGAUGGUUUCGGCCGCGGUGGUCUCUACGGAGGAUUCGACGGAGGUUUCGAGGAGGCUGACCGUUCCCGAGUACGGCCAGGUCUCGAACGAGGUCACGGAUUAGGGAUGCACGGCGAGGCUAGCGGCGACCGCAAGACUCUCGUCCAGGAGCUCGAGGACGAGAGCGAUGGCAGAAUCGAGGCACCCUCGGCUUGCGGUCCCAUAUGCACCAGCGACCAGUUCCUCUGCAUCAGCACUUGCACCUGCAUCGCUCGCGAGAAUCGAUGCAACGGAGAAAUGGAUUGCGAAAACGACGACGACGAGCUGAACUGCGAGGGCUACGAGGGUCACCACUUAAACGAGACCUGCCACGGUAAGCGCUCGGUUCGCUGUCCCAACUCCGGGAAAUGCAUCGCCAAAGAGUGGCUCUGCGACGGGGACAACGACUGCGGCGACUUUUCCGACGAGUCUCAUUGCGGGCCGCAAAAGAACUGCACUGCGGAGCAGUUCGAGUGCAGGAACGGACUGUGCAUGCCGCAGAACUGGGUCUGCGACGGCGAGAACGACUGCAAGGACUUCUCCGACGAGGAGGGCUGCAGCAAGCGAAAGAUAUGCUUCGACAGCGAUUUCGUUUGUCUCGACGGCAGCUGCAUUUACGACGAGUUGAGAUGCAACGGACAGAAGGAUUGCGCUGAUGGAUCCGAUGAAUUGAAAUGCGAACUGCUCGAGGUUCAGUGCAAGGAGAAUCAAUUCCAGUGCGCUUAUCCGAGAUGCAUUUCUCAAUCGUACAGAUGCGACGGAGAAGACGACUGCGGCGACGGAAGCGACGAAGAAAACUGUCCUACGGCUGGAGACAACAGCUGCAGUACGAAUGAGUUUAGAUGCGCGAGUGGAAGCUGCAUAAGCAAGAAGUGGGUCUGCGACCACGAGAUCGACUGUAAAGACGGCGAGGACGAGAUGGACUGCCACUAUCCGGCUCCGGAAACCUGCGCCUCCAACGAAGAGUUCACCUGCUCGACUGGAGUUUGCAUUCCGCGCACGUGGGUCUGCGACGGUGUACCGGACUGCUCGACCGGCGAGGACGAGAGGGGUUGUCAAAUGGGCUGUGAGCUGACCCACUUUCUCUGCAAGACUCCGACUUUGGCUGUUAACGAUACCAAGCCAAUUCCGGGACACUGGAUGCUACUCAACCCGCGAGAUCAACACCGCGUUUGCGUCAGUAUGAAGCACGUUUGUGAUGGCGUGGCUGAUUGCCCAGAGAAAGAUGAUGAGGAAAAUUGCCCGAAGAAGGUGGAAUGCACGGAAAACGAUCAUUGCUCUCAGCUGUGCGUGGUGACCAGUGACAAUCAGAGGGCCUGCUCUUGCGACCCUGGUUACGUUCUCGCGAAGGACAACAAAACCUGCGAGGAUAUCGACGAGUGCAAAUUCGAAAAAGAUCCAGUCUGCAGUCAAGUGUGCAAAAACACCAAGGGUUCCUUCGUCUGCGAAUGCGCCCCUGGAUAUGUCUUGCGACCCGACCUACGAUCAUGCAAGGCUUUAGGAGCUAAUCCAACCCUACUUCUUGCGAACAGAGUCGACAUUCGACAGGUCAGUAUCACCGGCCCGAAAUAUACCUCCGUUCUCAAAGGACUACACAAUGCCAUCGCUCUAGACUACCACUACAAACGCGGUCUCAUUUAUUGGUCUGACGUAUCGAUGGAUGUCAUCCGCAAGGUUUACGUCAAUGGAACUGAUGCCGACGAUUUCAUUCGCUGGGGACUGGAAAGUCCUGGUGGAAUCGCCAUCGACUGGAUACACGACCUUCUAUUUUGGACUGAUUCCGGUACUCGACGCGUCGAGGUGAUUACACUGGAUACACGCGUGCGUCACGUACUGGUUUCCAGUGACCUGGACAAACCUCGAGCUAUCGCCGUCCAUCCACACUACGGCUACGUUUACUGGACUGAUUGGGGACCCAACCCGAAAAUCGAGCGCGCCGACAUGGACGGCUCGAAACGAACAGCCCUGAUAACCGACAACAUCUACUGGCCCAACGGAUUGACCAUCGACUACAUAACCGACCGCAUCUACUGGAUCGACGCAAAGCACCGCGUGAUCGAAUCGGCGAGCAUGCGGGGCGACGAUCGCAAGAAGGUCGUAACCAGAGGUCUGCAUCAUCCGUUUGCCAUCACCGUCUUCGAGGACGCGGUCUACUGGACCGACUGGCACUUCAAGAGCAUCUCUCUGGCCAACAAGAACAACGGCCGCGGCUACAAAACCAUCCAUUCGGGCUUACACUUCCCCAUGGAUCUGCACAGCUAUCAUCCGCAGCGUCAGCCCGAGUACAUCAAUCACUGUGGCGAGAACAAUGGCAAAUGCUCGCACAUGUGUCUACCCAACAGUAUGGGCUACAGCUGCGUCUGUCCUGUGGGUCUGAAGAUCAAGAAGGACGGAAAGACCUGCGCCGCGAGUGCUGACAACCUCUUACUCUUCGCUAGGAAAAAGGAUCUCAGACUGAUCAGUUUGGACCAGUCGGCUAAGGCCUUUGAUAUCGUCAUACCGGUUGAUAACGUUGAGAGCGCGGUUGCACUUACUUGGAACGCGGAUGACGAUACGAUUUACUGGACCGAUGUCGAGGCUGAUACCAUCUCAAGAGCUAGCAUCGGAGGGACCAAUCAGCAGGCUAUUAUCCAUCACAAUCUAGAAUCUCCCGCUGGACUUGCCAUGGACUGGAUAACCAAGAAACUUUACUGGACCGAUGCUGGGACAAACCGAAUCGAAUGCUCGAAUCUUGAUGGGAGCAUGAGAUCGCUCUUGAUCUACGAAGGACUCGACAAACCAAGAGACAUCGUGGUUAAUCCAAUUUCUGGUCAUAUGUUCUGGAGCGAUUGGGGCGAAAAACCGAAAAUUGAAAGAGCAGGGAUGGAUGGAUCGGACAGGCGAGAUCUGAUCAGUACGAGCUUGACGUGGCCGAACGGUUUGGCGAUAGAUUUCGAGGAGAAACGUCUCUAUUGGGCUGAUGGCGGUACCAGCAAAAUCGAGUACUCUGAUCUUGAUGGGAAGCACAGAACCACGAUCAUCCAAGCACCCGAUACGAAACAUCCCUUUGGACUCGUGAUACACAAAAACAAAAUUUACUGGACCGACUGGGACACGAUGAGUAUUCACCGAGCUGACAAGGAUACCGGCAAAAGUGUCACGGUUAUACGCUCAGGGAUCACGGGUCUGAUGGAUGUUCGAGUUUUUCAUCGAAAUCGGCAAAUGGUCGAGAAUCCCUGCAGUCGCAACAAUGGGAAUUGCUCCCAUCUUUGCCUCCUAGCGCCUGCGCCCAAACGGUAUCGAUGCGCUUGUCCAACUGGCUUGAUUCUCAAUCCCGAUGGAAAAACUUGUCCGGAAAUGCCAGACAAAUUCCUGCUCAUGUCCCACCGAAUCGAUAUUCGCGUCCUUUCUUUGGACACCAACUACACAGCCGAUACGGUCUUACCUAUUGGUCACAUGAAGAACGUAAGUGGAGCUGACGUGGAUAUGGAAACUGGCCAAAUCUACUGGACCGAUCCUGGCCAGCUGUUCACCAAAGUUAUCAGAAAGGUAUCGUUCGAGGGGAAAAACGAGGACACGGUAAUCGAUGGAUGCAUCGAUACCGUUGACAGCCUCGUGGUCGACUCCAUCGGACGAAAACUUUACUGGACAGAUGUCGGGUUGAACAGCAUCGAGGUCAGCGAUCUGGACGGCAAGAACCGUAAGGUCCUCGUAUGGUCUGGUUUGGACAAUCCAAGAGCCGUCGCACUACACUAUCCAGCAGGUCUUCUUUUCUGGUCGGACUGGGGUCACAACGCUCGAAUAGAGCGAGCCGACAUGGACGGCGAGCAUCGCGAGGCCGUUAUAACCGAGGGCUUGACGUGGCCCAAUGGUCUCUCCAUCGACCUGUUCGCCGACCGGAUCUAUUGGAACGAUGCCAAGAAGAAGGUCAUCGAGAGUUCGGAUCUUCAGGGUCAGGACCGUAAGGUCAUCGUGGAAAAGGUGGAACAUCCUUACGGAUUAGCUGUCGUCGGAGACUUCAUAUACUGGAGUGACUGGCAGGAGAAGGCUUUACUGAGAGCAAAGAAGUACGACGGAAAGAACAAGAAGAUCAUGCUGUCGAACCUUGAGGGCAUUAUGGACCUGCGCCUGGUCGACAAAAAAAUGGUUCGACCCGAAAAUGCCUGUGGGGACAACAACGGCGGCUGUUCUCACUUGUGUCUCCGAAAUCCCACUGGAUACAGCUGCGCUUGUCCAACCGGUAUCAUUAUAAACGACGACAAAAAGACUUGCAACAGCACUCCAACGAAUUUCCUACUACUGGCGACGAAGAAGACGCUGGUUAGGAUGUCGCUGGACACUCCCGAGAUGUGGGAGGUGCCGUUGCCAGUCAAACACUAUCACAAUGCCUUCUCCGUUGACUUCCACUGGGAGAAACAGCUGAUUUUCUACACCGACGUUGAUGUCAAGGUCAUCAGGAGGAUCAACAUGCGCGACUUCAGUGACGACAAGGUCGUGGUCUGGGGUUUGAACGUUUCGACCCCGUUCAGACUCGCCGUGGACUGGCUCGCAGACAACAUGUACUGGACUGACUUGAAGCACCGGAUGAUCGAAGUUUCCCGGCUAGACGGUAGCUGCCGAAAGAAGCUCAUCGAGAAUCUGAAGGAACCACGCUCGUUGACGCUAUUCCCAAGAGAAGGCUACAUAUACUGGGCCGAGUGGGGUGACCAACCAAGAAUCGGUCGGGCGAACCUCGACGGUAGCAAUCGCAAGAGCAUCGUCUCGACGGAUCUCAGUUUGCCCAACGGACUGUCCAUCGAUUACGUGGCCAGAAAGUUGUACUGGGCCGACGCGCUCAAGGACAGGAUAGAGAUGUCCGACCUGCACGGCAGGUAUAGGAUCGCCCUCGUACCCGAAGCCGUCAAUGCCUUCGGCUUGUCUCAGUACGGAAACAACAUAUACUGGGGCGACUGGUUCAAAGAGAUGAUCGAGCGAGCCGACAAGCGGACGGGGAAGAACCGCAACAAAAUUCGGACGGCUCUGGACGGAACGACGGAGAUCAGAGCCGUCUCAGCAGAACGGCAAACUGGCUGGACGCCCUGCGCCGUGGAGAACGGCGGCUGCAGCCAUCUGUGCUUCUUCGUUAAGAAAAGCUACACCUGCGCCUGCCCCGACCAAGCAGACUCCAAACCCUGUUCUACUGAGCCGAAGAAGCGAAUACCGCUGCGAAAACCAGGGACGGAGCACGAUCCGAACUACGACGACAUAGACGACGAGGACGUGCCGCCGACGCCGAAAACUUCGGGCGGCGGUAGCAAUCGCAACCGCGACGGCAAACUCAACGACUACAACCGGGCCAACGGCGACACGAUAAGCCUGCACACGAUGAUGAUGACCACCUUCAUCCUGCUCGUCAUCACGGUUGGUAUCAUCAUCGUCAUCAUCUACCUACAGUGUCCGCGGAAAAACAAACGCGAGGAGUACAUGUACAAUAGCCGACGCAACGUGCUCACCUUCUCUAAUCCUAACUACAACGCGUCGGCCGGCGCGGAACUCGCCACGCCGGCGACCCAGCAGCCACAGGAUAAGAAAGGCUUCAUCUGGAAGAGACUCAAGUAUGACAAGUCGCAGAGGGCCGGUAGCAGCGGCGGCGACGCGAAGCACGAGUGUCCGAUCAAGCUGCAGCAUCUGCCGCUUCACUUCAUCCAGAUGAACGAGACCGAGACUACUUAGUGCCUGCUGGAAGAGCCGCCGAGACGCUGCUCGAUUUCGACGAUCGACUCAUGCUGAUCAUGGGAACAAAGGAACUAUUAUGCAUAAAUUCGCGUUUGAAUGUGCAGAUACGUGCUAUGAUAUAGGAUGUGACUACGCGAUGAAAGGGCAUAAUAUAUAUAUAUAUAUAUAUAUAUAUAAUACGACGCGACGAUGAUUAUGCUGAGAUUUUUGCUUCUAAUUUUACGAGAAUAUAAUACUUCUAUUUAUAUACUAUAGCGCAGUUUUGUACAUCGAGCAGCGGAUGUUCAUUUUGCGCGGUAUAGUGUGUAAGAUUAAACAAAACAGUGCCAAAUAUUGUUCAUAUCUGUAUACGUGGCGAAAUGAAAAUCCUGCUGCGAUGACGCUUUAGAGAUCGAUAUAAAACUGUGCGCACGAGCGCACACGCUUCUGCGCGAAUAUUUUUUGAUGAAUCGUUUUGUUCGAGUGGAAAACGGCCGAAUAUGAUAUACUCGCGGCUGUUAUGUAAAUCCGAUAUUUUGAAACCCACUGUAUUUUUAGAUUCGAACAAAACAAGAAAAAAAAGAAAAAAGACUGAAUUUGAUUUGUGCGCUUUUGUCGUGUAGUGCAGAGGCGAAACGAAAGAAGGAACGAACUGAGUAUUAUAAAACAGCAUCGCGGACACUGCUCGUCACCGAUACAUAUAUACAUAUAAGGUGCAAGAUAAAAAAACAUUAUAGUAUUAUACUCGACAAUAUAUCGUAAGUUUCACGGAGAUGUAUGGGAGUUUAGAGAAUAGAAGACUUUUGGUUCCUAUACCGCAUAUAACUAUAGUACUACUUUCGCAUGUAGGCGUUUUUCGGAAUAAAACUGACUUGUAAUUAAAGAACAAAAUAAUAAUAACAAAUGAGAAGCUGAUCCUGUUAUAUAGUAACGACGAGACUAUAUACGUAGAUUUAUGCUAGUGGAUUUUUUUCGGGGCGUUUUCGUUGAGCAUGCGUAUGCAUCGCAUGAAUAAACGAUUAUAAUUAUAAAAAAAGUUAAAAAAAAUCAAUAAACUAAAGAGUCACCCAAAACCCUUUUCCUAAUAUCCAAGCUGCACGCGCGUAAAAAAGACACAUUGUUAUACUAUAUAGUAUAAAAAACAAAACAUGAUAAGCGCAUGUCGAUAACGGGAAAAAAAUCAAUAACGUCGAGGACGGACUGUAUACUAUAUAUAUAGCUGUCCCGUCCUGGUCGGUCAAACGGAAAAAAUUCAAAUGCGAGUCAGGGGCAAUUACUAUAUAACACAUUAGAUAGUCGUUCGAUUGCUUUUGUACAUCGAUAUAUAAGAACUCGUAGGAGCAUAUAUGUAUUAACGAGCACAACAAAGAGAGCCAGAGCUAAUCACACUGUAAUACACGUAUUAUAAAAAAAAUAGCCCAACGCAAAAAGAGCAUAAUUACAACAAAAAAAAAUACGAUAUCUUCGCAUGUAAACCGAAAGAGAAUAAGAAAUGAAAAAAUAAAACAACUAAACGCGCGUUGUAGGAGCGAGUGUACGAAGACAACGGGCAGUCGUCGAGCCCGGAGGUCGUGUCACUGAUACCACCGUCGGCUACGCCAAGCAGCAGCCGAGCAGCAUCAGUCACGCCGUUGGAGUCGUCGCCGCCAGCCUCGAAGCACGUGAGUUUCCAGCGACUCGAGCCUUCCCUCGUCGCAGGACCGAAACCUCGACCGAUCGUCUGAGACACGUCCACGAGCGGCCCUUCACCCGGUGCUGCAGCCGCUACCGAACGAAUCUGCCUCCUCCACAUGUAAGCCGAUGAUGCGGCCAUCCUAUACUGUAUUGUAGACGAUCGCCUGCAUCAACCGCGAGCUGUACUGAUCAUGUGCGAAAAUGUCCACUCUUCUCGCUGCUCCGAUCCGAAGACUCUGUUACAUUUAUAUAUGGUCCUCGGGAGCAGCGAGAGACACGUGCGGAUAUACUAUGUACUUUCUAUAGGGUAACUUUGGUUCUAUGCUCUGGUUACGAUAAGAAUCUUUUUUUUCUAUAAUGAGUUGCCCGUCUGCGCAUAUUACGAUGGGAUUCGUACACGGCAGCGCAGGAUGAACAUUGAAUCUCAAAGGUGGUAGCUGCUCUCUUCUCCUUUCGUCGACGGAUUCGUAAGCUUCGCUAUUCGAAAAGAGAAGAAGGAAAGAUACGCAGACCCAUUGUGAUACGCGCGACGACUGCUAUUUGUACGAGAAUCAGCGGGAGAUGAACGAUGUAGUCACGGUGUUAAGUACUGGGCAUAAUACGAAUUUAUAUGGUGGUAUAAUAACGUGUACUAUCUAGCAAAGUUUAUUCGUUUCUAUGUAUCGAGAGCAUCGACGUGCUGCGUAGAAAAGAACAUCCACGUAUGAUUAUAUUCGUAUGUAUAAUUAUGAUUCCAGUUAUGUCAUAUAGUAACGGAGAAUAACAUUAAAUGCAGCUUUUUGUUUCAAGACUGAUAUAACCACGAUACGUUAUUAUACUUUCGAUUAAACUUUAGAGCGCGAGAGCGUUUGAAAAUUAAGAAUAAUAUACGAUCGCAUCGCGUCGAUGCAUAAUUCAGCCGUCCCAGCUGGUCUAGGACUGUCCGACGUAUAAUGAGCGAAGAGAGCAAGAGCUCGAGGCUAAUUUAGAUAAAGCGAUGGCACUGCGAAUGCUUACUAUAUUCUCUCAUUAGAAGCGUACGUGCGCCGGGGGUCGCUGUAAUUAAAUCCGUCGCGCAUUAAUUUUAGUAGAAUAAUAAAGAAAGAGAAAAAAACGAGGACAAGAGGACAGCGACUGUGUGCGACCUUUAGGGAGAGGUAGAGAAAAAUCGCGCGACUGAGUUUCUCGCGAGGCGCUGCGAUGUGUGGCUUUUAUUUUUUUACGUAGCACGACGACGACCACGACGACGACAAAGAGGUCGGGAGUAUUUUCUACGCGAUAAUGAAGUCCGGGGCUAAAUAAAGUUAAUCGAGACGCAUACGCCCAUACGCGCUAUCGGUUAUGAUAACGAGGAGAAUAUUGUGGUGAAAAGAGGUGAAAAGUUGAUAUUUAAUUGUAAAAGAAAAUAUGUAAGCUAGUAUUAUUUUAAUAACGCCAUUAUAUGCAUUAUAUGUAAUACGACGGGAUUAUGAUAUCGUUGUUUUCCUGUAUACUAUAUAUGCCAGUCAACAUUUUAAUGAGACGUAUACCGAGUGUUAGAGACGGUUAAUUAAAAUCGAGGAGUAAGUCAACUAAAAUACAACACGAGGAAUAUAACUGCACGGCGAAAAUCGACCCCUUUUUUAAGAGGAAAGAAUAAAGCGCACUUUCAUCUCAGUAUACUUAAACGCACUAGUCUUAUGACGAGAAAGAAACAAAUUUCGCAUGUGUUAUUGCCGUGAAACUUUCGUUGCGAAUGUUCGACCCAGAAUACACGAUCUAUCAGGAAAUAAAACUCUGUUAUACGAUAGCGAUCACAAUUAUAUCGCGUUACAUUUACGCGCAAAGCGUUUUCGAACUGGACAUACAGUUUACAAUAAAGCUCCAAGAGAUUUACACGAGACUCGUCGCGCUGCGGGAGAAAAGAAACGAUUUGCAUAUUAUUAUACACGUUUAUCGAUGUAGAUGUCUUCGAACGACAGGAUUGCAGCGUUUUUUCAUGCUCAAUUAUAUAGUGUAUAAUCAUCGUUGAAAUAAACUACAUAUUGAAUUUCAUUUCAAAGAUCGUUAUGUAGAUUCAUGAAGUAGAUUUU